GUAGGGACAGUGGGCUCCAAAACGAGAAGGAAAGCUGCAGGGAGCUGGAAACAGCUCUCUUGGGGCAGGUGAUUGCCACUUGGAGUCUAGAUUGGGCAUUAUUAGGAGGAAAGUCACUUCCCCAGGAGGGCAUUGGCAAUGAAGCCCCCCAUCCCCCAGCAAUGCUCUACUCUUUGCUGUACGGUAGGUGGUCACUCCCACCCUACACCACCCACUUCUCUUUUUAUUUCAGUUUGACCAAGCCAAGGGCUUCCCUUGGGUUAGGAUCCUGGGGAAGUAGGGAUCCUGGGGCAUGAGGUCCCAUAGGUCAAAACAAAGGAAAUGUCCAAAUUUCUAGAAUCUCCCUGUCCUGCCAUAACUCCCAGAACCAUCUUCUCCUUCAUACAGACUUUUCCUGGUCAGAAAAGUCCGUUAAAAGGUCUUAGUGAUCCGGGAAAUAAGCCCCCUUCUCCAGGUUCCCGUCCAUCCUUCACUCUUCCACUCAGUUGUGGACGGGAAGGAACCUUUCGUCAAAUCCCAGACCCACCCGGCCCAACCCAGAGGCCGGGCUAGGGGCAGCCUGAGGUCUUUCCCAGCUAAGGGUCUUGCCAGAGCCAUCUCAGGUUGGAGGAGCAGAAGGGGAAGCUUCGAAAUGAGCCGCGGCCCCUUUAAAACCGCUGAGCAGGAUUUUUUUUUCCCCCUAGCUGUAUGACUAUAUUAGGUGACACGAAACUGCUUGUCGUUCCUGUCAACGAGCCCCCUGGCCCAAUGGCAGGCUGAAUCCCCCUCCUCCUACCAGGUCCCGCCUCUCUUGCCCCUUGUGCUCAUCCUACCUGCUGCCCCUCCACACCCAGAGCAGGAAGGCGGGUGCGCGGGCCGGCGGCGGCACCAUGCGGGGAGGCUGCCGUGGGCCGUGGGCAACGCCUCUCUCUGCGGCCCACCUGGCGCUGUGACACUGGGGCUGCCACCAUGUUCCCAAGCCCUGCGCUCACGCCCACGCCGUUCUCAGUCAAAGACAUUCUGAACCUGGAGCAGCAGCAGCGAAGCCUGGCCGCAGGGGAGCUCUCCGCGCGCCUAGAGGCCACUCUGGCGCCCGCCUCCUGCAUGCUGGCCGCCUUCAAGCCGGAGGCCUACUCCGCGCCCGAGCCGGCAGCGCCGGGCCUCCCGGAGCUGCGCGCCGAGCUGGGCCCGGCGCCUUCACCCUCCAAGUGUGCUCCUGCCUUCCCUGCCGCCCCUGCCUUCUAUCCUCGUGCCUACGGCGACCCAGACCAGGCUAAAGACCCUAGAACGGAGAAGGAAGAGCUGUGCGCGCUGCAGAAGGCGGUGGAGCUGGAGAAGCCCGAGGGGGACAACGCCGAGAGGCCCCGAGCGCGCCGGCGGAGGAAGCCUCGCGUGCUCUUCUCGCAGGCGCAGGUCUAUGAGCUCGAGCGGCGCUUCAAGCAACAGCGGUACCUGUCCGCUCCCGAGCGCGACCAGCUGGCCAGCGUGCUGAAGCUGACGUCCACGCAGGUCAAGAUCUGGUUCCAGAACCGGCGCUACAAGUGCAAGCGGCAGCGGCAGGACCAGACUCUGGAGCUGGUGGGGCUGCCCCAGCCGCCACCGCCGCCCGCGCGCAGGAUCGCCGUGCCAGUGCUCGUGCGCGACGGCAAGCCGUGCCUGGGAGACUCGGCGCCUUACGCCCCUGCCUACGGCGUGGGUCUUAACGCCUACGGCUACAAUGCCUAUCCCGCCUACCCCGGCUACGGCGGCGCGGCUUGCAGCCCGGGCUACAGCUGCGCCGCCGCCUACCCGCCUGGGCCUCCCGCGGCGCAGCCCGCCACGGCUGCCGCCAGCAACAACUUCGUGAACUUCGGCGGCGUCGGGGACUUGAACGCUGUGCAGAGCCCCGGGAUUCCGCAGGGUAACUCGGGAGUGUCCACACUGCACGGCAUCCGAGCCUGGUAGGGAAGGGAAUCGCCUGGGGCGCCCCGACCCCUCCCGCACUGUCUCUGGAGGCAGGAAAGGCUCCCGCCGCAAUCCUGCGUCCCUCGAAUUUCACGGUCACUGCUGCUGACGCCUCGGAACGUUUCCCACCGCCGUAAGCCUCUGUCCCCGAGCGAGCGCUCGCACCCAGGCUGCGGUGAGUGAUCCUGCAGCCGCCGCCUCGGUAGCCGCCUUCGGGUUCUCUCCUGGCGUGCCUGGCCAGCACCUCCUACGGACCGGACCGAACUGGAGACCGGGAGCCGGACUCGGAGGCCUAAGGUCCCUUCCCGAGCCUGGGCCGGGCGCCCGGGUCCUUGCUCUCUUGCCGCUGCCCACCCACCCGUAUUUAUGUUUUUACCUGUUGCUGUAAGAAAUGAAAACCCUUUCCCAUUAAAGUGAGUGCGCUGACCAUA